AUGGGCAACAAUAAGAAUGACACCAUUAAUGAGGAUAUGCCCGUCAUUCUCCUCAAAGACAAAUGUGAAGAUGAUGAUCCAUACGUCAAGCACUUUGCCGAAUCCACAGGUAUUCCCAAACUUGACCCUAUUUUUGUCCCCGUAUUAGAGCAUCAAUUCGUCGAGACUGAAGUAGAAAAGUUUCGCAAAAUUCUUCACGAAAAGGAGAUCGGGAAACAGAAAAGCUCUAAGUACGGUGGCUUAAUUUUUACAUCUAAGCGAGCCGUGGAAGCAUUUAUGCAGCUAGUAGUUGAAGGCGUCGAGGAAGACACAGGUGACCUCCAAGACUGGCCAUGCCUUCAAGAAGUACCCAUCUAUUCGGUCGGGCCUGCCACCACCAGAGCGCUCAAAGCGAUUCCCAUAGAUUGUCCUCUUAAUAUCUUCGAGUCAGACUGGGGGAAUGCACAGGGUCUAGCCCACUUCAUACUAAAACACUAUCGAGACUGGUAUAACGGCUGGGAUCACAAACGCCCAUUACUCUUCGUUGGAAGCGAACAUAAACGUGGUGAUAUUCCAAAGAUCCUUAUGGAUUCCAGUCUAGGGCCGGACAAGAUUCCCGUAGACGAAUUGGACGUUUACACCACUUCUAUCAGGGAAUCAUUCAUGAAUGACCUGAUGGAGGAAAUGCGCAACACCAUAGAUCGAGGGACGCGAUGGAUGGUAUUUUUUUCACAUGCUGCUGCCUGUAAGGUACUCGAUAUUGCUGGUGUGAUAGACGAUGAAACUGGAAAAGCGGAGCCGCGUAUAAUCACUUCACCUGGACAAACGCUCUACGCUACUAUUGGUCCAACUACGCGGGACUAUCUUAAAGAAGCCGUCGACUUUGAGCCAGAAGUUUCAGCUAAGAACCCGACUCCCGAGGAAAUUGAAAAGGGGAUCAGAGAUUUUCUGGCAUAUAGGAAAAAAUUCCUCCUAGAUUCUAUAGCCGAUGAAUGGUGA